UAAUUUUUGUAAAAGUGAUAAAAAUGAUUACUGUCUUAAAUACAAUCGAUACUGGUCAUGAGGACAUGAUUCAUGACGCCGAACUGGAUUACUAUGGCUUGAGACUGGCAACUUGUUCUUCAGAUAACUCCGUGAAAAUAUACGACAUCAAAAGCGGUACACAAACUCUGGCUGCCGACUUAAAAGGCCACUUCGGACCUGUGUGGCAAGUUGCUUGGGCUCACCCGAAGUUUGGCAACUUGCUAGCAUCUUGCUCAUACGACAGGAAGGUUAUUAUAUGGAAAGAACAAGGAGAAUGGACUAAAUUGUAUGAACAUGCUGUUCACGAAAGUUCCGUAAACUCGGUAGCGUGGGCACCGGCCGAAUACGGGCUGAUUCUCGCUUGCUGCAGCUCUGACGGGUCUAUCUCCAUCAUCUCGUACGCCCAAGACACUGGUAACUGGGAUGUGAAAAAGAUCCCAGGUGCUCACGCCGUUGGUGUCAAUGGCGUUAGCUGGUGUCCUGCCAUUUCUGCAGAAUUGAACCUAGACCCGCUCAGUAAUAAAGAGGCGCCUAAGAGAAUAGUAUCUGGUGGAUGUGAUAACUUGAUAAAGAUAUGGAGAGAACAAGAAGAUCAAUGGGUAGAAGAGAACCGGUUAGAAAUGCACAUGGACUGGGUGAGAGAUGUGGCCUGGGCCCCAUCUCUUGGGCUGCAACGUUCCAUGAUUGCUAGCUGCUCCCAAGAUAAGAGGGUGGUCAUCUGGACCAGUGAUGACAAUGUUUCAUGGAACCCAACAAUACUUAGCACUUUUGAUGAUGUGGUCUGGAGUGUUAGCUGGUCUUUAACUGGAAACAUCUUGGCUGUGUCUGGAGGGGAUAACAAAGUUAGUCUUUGGCGAGAAGGCUCUGAUGGACAGUGGCUCUGCAUCAGUGAAGUUGCCAAAGGACUAGGCCAAACACCCAGUGAUGAAAGAAGUACCCUCUGAGUUUGUUAAUAAUUUUUGUUUAUAAAUUAAAAUUUAAUGUUUUGUAAUAAUUUCUAAAUAC